ACUAGGUUGUUUACCAAAGCACUGAAGACUGUCUGAUCCAUGUCCAGGCUUCCCCGGAGAGCGCCUCAGAGAGCUCUGUCCUGGCAGCUCUCAAAUGUGCUCUGAAGGUUCCUGAAUCUCCCCUUUGCUGCUGGAUGCUGGUUCCGAUCCAUAAGGGAAAUGGAAAGCUGGCCAGCUGGGCGAGGGCUGCAUGGAGCUCCUCUAGAACAGUAAACAGUGACUCACCCCCUCCUUGUGUCUUCUCUCUCUUCAUGUCAAAUAUAUUGCCUCGCAUAUGCUUCUCUACUCUCUGAUUCACACCACCAGCCUGUCCCUCCCCGCUCUCAUUACAAAUGAGUGACAAGCGUCAGUCUGCCUUACAGGAUGUGUGAAGGUUGUCAGAGCAGGAGAAUGGCUUUUUGAGUGAUGGGGAGAGGGAUGGUGCUCUGCCUACCAUGCUGCAAUGUGCUGGAAAUCCGUGUCGUGCCUGCGAGCGGCAGAGGCACGGCGAUGAGGAUUUAAGCAUCUGUAGUUGCCUUCACCUGUCAGCUCAGAUGUUACCCGGGGUAGGCACAUCCGUUUGGCUGGCGCUCUGGAGCUGGGAACAACUUGAGGAUAAACGAGAAAUUUAAACAGCUGCCUAGGAUUUAAAUGGCUGCGUUUGGGAAUGAGUAGAGUGUUCCCUGCGUAGCUGUCGGUGCCGAAUUGAGACGUGAUGGCAGAGAUCCCUGCCACUGCUUGAACCUUGCGCUGUUUUUCUGCCCUCGGGAAGUCGUCGCUGGCCUGGCGGAAGUUGCAAUUUCUGAGCAGUUUUGUCCGGAAGACUGUGCUCAGGUUAUGACGACUAAUCCCAAACCGAACAAGGCAUUAAAGGUAAAGGAGGAGUCAGGAGAGAAUGCCCCAGUGCUGAGUGAUGAUGAACUCGUGUCAAUGUCCGUACGGGAGCUGAACCAGCACCUGAGGGGUCUCACCAAAGAGGAGGUCAUCCGUCUGAAGCAGCGGAGGCGCACGCUCAAGAACCGGGGCUACGCUGCCAGCUGCCGCAUCAAGCGUGUGACUCAGAAAGAGGAGCUCGAGAGGCAGCGGGUUGAGCUGCAGCAAGAGGUGGAGAAGCUGGCCAGAGAAAACAGCAGCAUGAAGCUAGAGCUGGAUGCCUUGCGCUCCAAGUACGAAGCACUCCAGACCUUUGCUCGUACUGUGGCGCGAGGGCCUAUUACCCCGACCAAAGUUGCCACCACCAGUGUCAUCACCAUCGUGAAAUCAGCCGAAAUCUCGUCCAGUUCUGUGCCCUUUUCAGCAGCCUCCUAGUGCCCUCGGUGGGGGGAACUAGCAGCCUUUCAGAGGGGAGGGGAUAAGGCUCUUAUGCAUUGUUCCGGAGUCCUUGGUCACGUCAAGAAUUGGCAUUUUAAGAAGUCUCUUCCAAAAGUGCAAAAAAACCAGAAGAAUAUAAAAAAAAAAAAGAAAAGAGAAAAACAAACAAACCCAAAGGGUUCCUACAAAGGGAACUUAACUGGCUGCUUCUGUCUGGACUCAGUGGCUCCAUCAACCUCUCGUGUCCAGGAUUUGAGCUCUGUAUGCAGUACAAAUUGCAAGAUCUGCUUCCUCCUUCCCUCUGCCUCCACAAACCCCUCUCAGCUGUGGGCAGCUUUCCAGCUGGGAGAAGAUACCUGAGGAGCCUCCGGAGUCUUCGUGAAUGAUGCUCAAGAGCCAGGAAACAUAUGGACCGUAGAAAUCAUCAUGUGAGAUGAAUGUAUGGGAAAAAGAGUUUCCUUUAGUGGCCUCCUACUCCUUGUAAGAAGGGUCUCCCCUACCUUCCCCACUUCCACCUGAUAUUAUGAGGGCAGGAAUAUAGGCUUUUUGGGUUUGAUUUCAUCCUGCUAACAGUGCAUGGGAGUGGGAGGAUGAUGGAGAUAAAUGCUUGGGUCUGACCACACCCAUUAAGAAUAACCUUUUGUUUUCAAUCCAUGCUGUUAAAAUAUGGAAAAAUAUAUAUUUUGCAUAUUUUAAUAUGCCCCAUUACCUGUGUGGCCUGUAAAAAAAAAACCUACAUAGCAGCCUCCUUUAUUCCAAGCCCAAGUUUCCUGAUAGCUCCUUCCCAAAGGUGUGCCUGUGAAUUGGGUAUAUUUAUGCAGUUUAUUUCUUCCAAAUGAUCCGCAGUCUUGAAGUAGCAGCUUUUUUUUUUCCUGGGUUACCUGAAGCUGAAGGGAGGGAGGCACAGUCAAGGCUGUGAAGAGGAGUGUGGUGAGGAGGAGAAGGGGAGAUGAGGAGGAAAAAUGCUGCAUGUAUUACUGGUGGAGGCAGAAUUGGCUGGGAGAGAAGGUGGGACAGUUCUGCUGGGAUCAGCACUGCGAAGAAGGGUUUGUGCAGAAGAUGUUGGAAGGAUGUUUUUAAAGCACUGAAGUGUAACUAGAGGGCAAUAGCAUUCAGCCAGGAGGAGAGAAGUUUAGAGUCUCUUCUUUGACAAAAGCACUGGUAUGUUAGCAAUGAGCAUCCUUAGCUGGAGAGCUGUGCUCACCAGUCCUUGGUGAUCAGAGAAGGGCUGUGGGGAGGUCAGAUGGGAGCUUGGAAGAGUCUUUCCCUCUCCAUAGCACAUCAGAUGCUGGAUUUGGGAUCCAAAGAGUACGGUGAACAACCCUCAGUGUUCAGACAACCUGUGUGAAUGUGACCCUGAAACUUGAUGCUUUCUCUUGCAAGUGGGUGAGUUAUAAUGAGGGCAGGAUGGAAAAUCAAUGUGCGUGUAGGGGGCAGAAGAAUUGGGAUGGAGAAGUCGUUUGUUUGGCUCUGAGCAGUGGUUUGGGAGAGGGAUUUCUGGCUUGGCAGUGGGCAGGAUUUGGGAAGCUGAAAGGAGAGAUUCUGCUGUCACGCAGCAGUGAUGAAACAAUGAAUGUUUCCAGGUCACUGUAAAAAAAAAAAUAGCUAUGUUGGUGUUUGUGUGUUUUGUUGUUGUUUUUUUUUUCUUCUUGAAGUAGGAAAGGGAAGGGACUGUGUGUUUUGUAGGGCAGGUCAGAGACUUAUGGAAUGGACGAUGCCUGUUGUCAUGCAGGUGAGAAAAGAAUGAGAUUGCUGAGGUUUUGAAGUGAGGAGAAGAGCUUAGAGAAUUUGGGCUCUGGAACAAAGAUCACGGAGAAUUCAUAAGUGGUUUGGACUGAAAGAGAAUAAUCAAGUGCUACCAUUGUUGGAAAGAGGACAGUGAACUGGCAUCUGACACCCAGUAUAAUUUGUUGUUUGAGGCUUUGUCUUGCCUUGAAUGGCAGUAAGUUGGUAGAAAUUUAGUGAAGCCCUACUUGUCUUUGGAAGAAGUUGUUAGCUUGCUUUUUCUUUUUUUUUUCACCUUGUCAUCGGAGUCUCUGGAUUUCCCAGGAGGAUCCUUUGUGAAAUAGGUUAAUGAAAAGAGAAACCUCAGACUUGGUUCUCGUUCAGUCCCCAGCAUCGACAUCCGUGACUUUACUGAGCCAGAAAGGGUGUCAGUGAAACGCUUCCUGCAGGCUCGUUCCCCCUGCCAGAUCCACACCUUUUGGAGGGGAGCAGGGAGUUUCCUUCGUGUGAUUUUCCAACACACGUAGAGUUUGGAUGGCACUUAGUGUUACCUCAUUUCUCCUCCAUUCCCUCCCUAUCUCCAAACAGGCAGAUCGAUGUCCUGUGUAUCAGUACCAGUUAUUGACUCCCACAGCAGAAGCUGAGGAAGAGAAAGAUGUUACGGUCAUUUCCUGGUCCUCUCAUGUUCUCCAGCUCACAGACAUUGGACACUUUCCCAGACCUUACAGGUGCCUCCAAAAACAGGCAAAAUGGAGACUCCUGGCACUGUUGGGGCUUUAAAUGAAAACUUUAUUGAAAAAGGCCAGUUGACUUGAAAAUGCCCAAAUGCUUCCAGUCUUUAAAACAGCUCCAGAGCUCCAUAACAUUCCUGGCUAGAUAGGAACACCCUCUGGCUGCCCUUGACACCCCUCCGGGGAAAUCAGACCUGUCUCACUGAAGGGGACAGAGGUUGAACUUUGUUCCUGGGGUCUUCUUGCUGUUGGAAUGAGUUGAGAAACAUAUCUUUAUGUGGCACUUCCCUUGUGGCCAAGUAUUUCUUUUUUUUCCAGUUCUUGGAAGGGUGCCAAAGGCUUGUCCAAGUGAUUGCUAGUUUAGUGCUGGUAGGCACUUAAAUCUCUGGUCACUCGAUAAAGAACAAGAGGCCUGGGUGUUGUUAAAGCUGUUGAUACCAUAGCCAUGGUAGGUAAUCCAUAUUGGAUAUCCAUAAGGACCACGUGGAAAUAUUUAAAGAGAGAGAAAUAUAUAUAUAAAUAUAUAAUUAUAUACAUUUUAUCGUACAGAUUUUUCGUAAAAAAGAAAAAAAAUAAUUUUUUUUCCAAGUUUGAUACUGUAAAUCUUUAUUAAAAGAAAUUGCCAGUCCAGGGCUCCCUGGGUGGUGACCUGGAGGAGAAUGAAAUGUCCUGGCUAAACUUCCACAGAGGGAUCAGAAUUGCAAGGUAACGUGGAGGGAGGAAUGACCCGAAAGCUGUUGAUGGCGUUGGAGACCCAGCUCCUCCACCCUCCUCCCUGGAGGGCCCUCCAGCUUGGGGUUGUCGCGUUGCAUUCCUCUGGGGUUCGGUUUGUUUCUGUUGUGUUUUAAUUUUUUGUUUUGUUUUGUUUUGUUUUUGUUUUGUUUGUUUUUUUUUUUUUUCUCUCCGUCCUGCACUUGCCAGCCUGACACCCAGGGCGAGCGCGGUUUGGGGAGCUGGUGGCGUGGGACGUGUCCCACAGCCGCGCCUCCCGCGCUUCUCUGCUGCAGUACUUUGGAUGGCUCCCUUCCCUGCCCCUCUUAGUUUGUCCCCCCGACCCUGCUGAGGAGGAGCUCGGGGGGGGGCUCUGAUUUUUGGGUGCUGGGAUGCUCUCCCCUGGGCCUGGCCUUUCUUUGGUUGCUCCCCAUCCGCAGUGUGACGCGGGAAGCGAGGCUGGGUGGGAGGCAGGAGGAGACGAAGGCGUCGGGAAGGGACUCCUCGGUUCUCGUAGACGUGUUUGCUGUGCUCUCUGUUGGGAGUGGGGAACCUUUCCCUCCAGGGCAGCUCCAGAUCCCUUCGAAACAAGGCAGCGUUUCUGCUCCUGCCCAGCUCUACAUCUGCCAGGAGGAGACCACAAAGUGCAGAGACCUGGGUGCCAGGGCAGCUCCGGGACGGCGGGAGGGACGAGGCGCUGGCACUGGGCUGGGGCGGAUGUGAGCUGUGCCACGGGAUGGCUCAGACCCGGGGAGGAGGAGAAGGUGGCAGUUUUUUCUCUCUCGAAUCAUUUAAACUUCAUUGUCAUGAUUGUUUUUAUUUAAAAAAAAAAAAAAAAAGGAAAAAAAGAAGGAAAAAAAAAGGUAAAACAAAAAAAAAAGAAACAAAACCGAAAAACUUUUGUAAUGUGGAUUUGUUUUCCUUCGUCUGUAUUUCAGUCUGCUGGGGUGUUUCCGUAGAUGGUGGAUACUUGCUUUCAUUUUUUUAAUGAUAGAAGUCUUCUGUUUUAAGUUGUUUUUUAUCACCAGCUCAUUCUAUCCUCUGUGGUUACUCAGUAAUUUCAUUUCAAUAUUUAUUUUUGUGCUGCUUUUUUAUUAUAAAAUAAAUUAUUGAUAUACCAAGCAAUGUGGAUUCCUGUUUGUAAGGCGAAUAGCCCUGUGUAUGUGUCCAUUACUUCUCUUGACAGCCACAACGUAAUUUAUUGCUGUAAAUUUAGCUGCAGUGACUGGUUUUUUUGUACCUUUCCAAUAAAGCAUUUUCUGGUUUCA